AUGGGGGACUCAUAUCGUCCAUCGCGUGACCGCCCGCCGCCGCUCGUAGACCGCAUGACGUUCAGCGCUGGCGGUGGAGACAGUUACAGACCUGGUGAUCAACAGCGUCUCCAGCAGAAUGGCAGUCGCGCUGCCAACCAUGCCGAAUUCACAUACACUGCAGGGCAGCAAGCGCAAUUUCCGCCUUGGAACCGCAAUCAUGGUGCCUCUGGGCCCAACAACCGCGAUACCUGGCGCGGCGGGGAGUUCUAUUCAUCGCAUCCCACAAACAGGCGCAACCCCAACGGUUAUGGGAGAGGCUACCGCAAGCCAGCUCCCCAUGAACGUGCUCUCCUCCAGAGUCGCGACGAUAGUACCGAGCACACCCUCGGCGUGCCGGACGGCCCAAACAAGUUCCGUAACCUGGAAGAUCUGUCAGACGACGAAGAGGUCGACAUGGACAUUGAUAGCGACCAGUCCAGUGAUUCUAGUGGGGCCAAUGGCCAGAACGGCAAUCACAAGAUCGCUCGUGUGCAAUUAAGCACUCAUACUGAUGGCAAUGCGGUACCUAAGUGGUCCAACCCUGACCCGUACACCGUUCUUCCACCACCAGAGGAGACUACCGGCACGAAGAGGGACAUUGUGAAGUUGAUACGCAAAGCCAAGAACGAGGCCGCAGAGAAAUCCAAUACGGACAACGCCGUCGCGGCCAAUGAUGACUUCAUUUCAUUUGGCGACGGCGACGGCGAGGACAACGACGAUGACUCCGGCCUAGUCAUCAAUAAGGGAGCUCCCCCACCAGCCCCAUGGGCGCACCUGUCGUCUGGUGGCCAAUCUUUCCAAGGCUCAAUGAACGAGGUAGCGUCCAUCGGAGCGUUAUCCUCCGCAACUCAUACCACCAAGCGCUCGGCUGGGGCAGCAGGUCUACCAGAGAAACUACCUCGCCCAGGAAAUAUCCACAAGCGCAAGCGCGGCGAGACUGAAGGUAGGGUUGGCAGCGUCAUAGAGUUAUGGCUGCCUAAGCCCCAUUCUCAUCCCACGCCGUGGGCUACGAAUCAGCACUACGCGCAUCUUAACCACGAUCCACGCAAGUGGCUUCAUAAUGAGAUCAUUGACUUCUUUGAUUACGUCCGACCCCUAGCGCACGAAGAUGAAGUCCGCGGAAAUCUGAUCACACGAGUUCAGAACGCAAUUGGAAGGCAGUAUUUCGCGCCACACUCUGGUCGUAUCUGCUGCUUCGGGUCAUUUCCUGCCGGGCUGUACCUUCCAACAGCCGAUAUGGACCUAGUCUACGUCUCCGACCUGCAUUGCGGAGGUGGCCCGCCAGUCAUUUCCUGCGUCAAGGGUGGCCUGUACAAGGUUGCCAAGAAACUCGAGAAUAACGGCAUCGCUGCGGACAUUGUGGUUAUUGCAAAGGCUAGAGUCCCUAUCAUCAAGUUUGUGGACAAGGAAACCGGCAUCCAAGUCGACAUAUCCUUUGAAAACCUCAGCGGUGUUUACGCGCAGGCAAUCUUCCAGCAGUGGAAAGCCCACUACCCGGACAUGGUGUACUUGGUAGCCCUUGUCAAACAGUUUCUUGUCAUGCGCGGCCUCAACGAGGUCAAUACCGGAGGGCUGGGCGGCUUCAGUAUCAUUUGUCUGGUGGUCAGCUUCAUCCAGCUUCAGCCAAGGCCUGACAAUUUAGGAGAGCUCUUCCUGAACUUCCUAGAUUACUAUGGCAACAAGUUCGAUCUUCGCCAAAAGAGGAUCGUUAUGCAUCCUCCAGCCCUGGUCAAUAAGAGUCAUACCGGGAUCGACGGUCGCCAAGAAAAGCCCGAUGGCCUUUCCAUUCAAGAUCCGAACAGACCGAACAACAACAUCUCUGGCGGUUCGUUCAAGGCCAAGCAAGUGUUCGACGCCUUCGCCGGUGCGCACAGAGCGCUCAAAGAACGAAUGGACGCAAUCCGCAACGCUGGAGACUCCCACUUCAGCAUCCUCGGCGCUCUCUUCGCGGGGGACUAUACCUCGUAUGAAGUGCAGCGAAAGCGCAUGCGGGCUGGCAAGUAA